AAAAUCUGACUGAAAAAAACUCGUGAUUCGGAUGCAUUCCCAGACUAACAGUUACUUACUACUGUAACGUUAUAGGCUACUGUCGGAGGAAGUCUAGAAAUGUCCUCAGUCACUGGGUGUUUGAUUAAUGUAGUAUUUUGGAGUCCCUGUAUAUCAAACUCGAGCUAAUUGCCCUUCACCUACGUGACAUCUGAGCGAUUCAUUUCUCGUGUAUGUACAGUGAGUCUAACGCUACCCCAGCAGCAGGUUCGCUCUGGGGCAUUAGUGAGGGAUGGAGCGAAGGGCAGUGUGUGUGCUGCUGUGGAUCAGCUGUCUGUUCUGCUGCAGCGUUGCUCACAAUGACUUCUUCACCUCCAUCGGUCAGAUGACAGACCUGCUCUUCACAGAGAAGGACCUGGUCACGUCUCUGAAGGACUACAUCAGAGCAGAGGAGAGCAAGCUGGAGCAGGUCAAACAGUGGGCUGAGAAGCUGGACACUCUGACUCUCACUGCCGCCAAGGACCCCGAGGGCUUUUUGGGGCACCCGGUGAACGCCUUCAAGCUGAUGAAGAGGCUCAACACGGAGUGGGGCGACCUGGAGAACCUCGUGCUCAAGGACAUGUCUGAACGGUUCAUCUCUAACCUCACUAUCCAGAGGCAGCACUUCCCCAACGAGGAGGAUCAGACUGGGGCAGCUAAAGCUCUGCUCAGACUGCAGGACACCUACCAGCUCGACACACACUCCAUCUCUACCGGCAACCUUCCAGGCGUCGACCUGGGUGGCCUGCCCUUUCUGAACACCAUGACGGCGGAGGACUGCCUUGAGCUGGGAAAGAUCGCCUACUCCGAGUCUGACUACUACCACACAGAGCUGUGGAUGGUGCAGGCGUUACGGCAACUGGACGAGGGGGAGGAGUCAGCGGUGGACGCCGCUAACGUGCUGGACUACCUCAGUUACUCCGUGUACCAGCAGGGGGAGCUAGAGAAGGCUCUGGAGUACACCAGGAGGCUGCUGCGGCUUGACGCGGGUCACCAGCGGGCCAACGGGAACCUGAAGUACUUUGAGUUCCAGCUCGCCAAGCGGAGGGAGGCGCAGGCAGAGGAGGGUGGGAAAGGGAAGGAUGGCACCGAGCGAGUGAAGAGGGAGACGGAGAGCAAAACUGUAGAGAACGACUUCCUGCCCGAGAAGAGGAAGUAUGAGCGACUGUGCAGAGGAGAUGGCCUGAAGAUGACACCUCGUAGACAGAGCCGCAUGUUCUGUCGUUACUUUGACAACAACCGUCACCCCCGCUACCUGAUUGGCCCAGUGAAGCAGGAAGAUGAGUGGGACCGGCCCAACAUUGUCCGUUUCCAUGACAUCAUUAGUGACGGAGAGAUCGCUAAGGUCAAACAGUUGGCCAAACCACGGCUAAGGAGGGCCACCAUCUCCAACCCCCUCACUGGUGUGCUGGAGACCGCCCCCUACCGCGUCAGCAAGAGUGCAUGGUUAAUUGAGCAUGAGCAUCCUGUGGUGGAUCGCAUCAACCAGCGCAUAGAAGAUCUCACUGGGCUGGAGAUCGGCACUGCAGAAGACCUCCAGGUGGCCAACUAUGGAGUGGGAGGCCAGUAUGAGCCUCACUACGACUUUGGUCGUAAAGAUGAGCCAGAUGCGUUUGAGGAGUUGGGCACAGGAAACCGCAUAGCCACAUGGCUCUUCUACAUGAGUGAUGUGGCAGCAGGGGGCGCCACAGUCUUCACUGAAGUGGGUGCUGCAGUGAGGCCCAUGAAGGGUACAGCAGUGUUCUGGUAUAAUCUCUUCCCCAGUGGAGAGGGUGACUACAGUACCCGCCACGCAGCCUGUCCAGUGUUGGUGGGCAACAAAUGGGUGUCUAAUAAGUGGAUUCAUGAGCGUGGACAGGAGUUCAGGAGGCGUUGCAGCCUACAGGAGAUGGACCGUCAGAGCCCUGUUCUUCCUCAUCUUCUUCAUCAUCUUCUGUGAUCUGGGUCCUCGUGAAGUCCUCUUCUGUCACACUCUCUCUCACACACAUGCAGACACACACACACACACUCUCUGUCUUUCACUCCAUUCAUCCAUGGCGUUCACCUUUUAACAGUCACCCCCCACCAUGUGAUUUGACACAUUUAUUUUUAACCUGGAUAGGAGUGUGUGUGUGUGUGUGUGUGUGCGCUUUUAUGUGUGAGUGUUUAUGAGUGUGUGUGCUCUUUUUUUGUGCCCUCACGUGUGGUUGUUCCUCACGUGUGUGUGUGUGUGUGUGUGUGCGCGUGUGCUAGUGUACUAGUGUGUGUGUGCUAGUGUACUAGUGUGUG